AUGUACCCCAACCCUCUCAUCUACUGCACCUGCCGGGACCCCUGGAACUCGGGAACACGGAAGCUAAUCAAGACCCCUCAGCCACCAAGCAAGCCCUCCCCAGGGAAGCCCAAGCUAACUCUUCUUCCUCCAGCUUCAAAAAGACAAAAUUAUGUCCAACCAACAACAAAACCUGUUGUCACCCCAAAAGUGAAAAUCCACUUAGGAAAACAAGAGGAGAGCAAUAAAUUACCUUAUGAAGUGAUCAACGUGUCACCUGGCUAUCGCCUCAUUCGGAAUAGGGAGCAGAUUUCUGUCACCAUGGGAGAUGAGAUGUUUAAUAGGAAAAAGCGGUCGGAAUCUGAGAUCACGGACAAAGGCAAAAUUUCCAGGACUGAUAUCAUCACUGACCUAGGAGAGCAGAUCUCAGAGCUGACAGUGAUAAUAGAGCAAAUGAACAGAGACCACCAGUCUGCCCAAAAAUUGCUCUCCCGUGAAAUGGAUGUCCGCUGCGCUGAGAUGCAGCAGAGCUUUGAAGACAAGACCAGGAAGCUCAGAGAGGCCCACACAGCAGAGCUCAGCGAGUUGGAGAGCAACUACCAAGCAGCCUUGAAGGCAGAGAGGUUGGCUGCCCAGGAGAAACUAGAGGAGAUGGGAAAGGAAUAUAAAUAUUUGAAGAAUAUGUUUUAUAUGUAUCAGGACAGCAUUCAUGAUGAGCUGGAGGAUAAGUGGUCAGAGAAGAAGGCAGAAUGGGAGAAGGAUGAGAAGCUGGAGUGGGAAAAGAUCCUGCUACAGCAAAAACAUAAGAUGACAAAGAAGUUUGAAUUAGAGUCAGAGGAAGAAAGGAAGAAAAUAAAGGACUCCCACAGUGCUGUCUUUGAGAACUUCAAUCGCGAGAAGGAGGAGCUCUUGAAACAACAUGAAAGGGACACUUUGCAAUUAGAGGAGCUGAGAAAGACCAAAGAGGUCAUAGAGGAAGAGUUGCACGCACAAGCUCUUAUCCUAGAAUCACUUAACAUAACCCUCUACCAAACCCAGAUGGAACUCCAGAAAGAGAAAGCUGUGGUGGGAAAUCUAGAGCAAACACUCCAGGCCAAGCUUGCUGAAGCUGAAGAAAAGUUUAAAUACACCAUACAGCUCCUGACAGAAGAAAACAUUCAUCUAAGGCAAAAGAUAAUUGCCAAGAAUGAAGAAAUUUAUGAACGACAUAGGAGAUCACCUUCUAUUACCAUUUAUGAGGAAGAUUCUGACACUUUAGAAGAUGGCACCAAAAAAAGACAAGAAUUAUGAGCAGAAAAGUUGUUCUCCAUCACCAAGGAUGGUAGGAACCCCUUCUCUGUGGGCCUAGAGAACCGCUAUGAGGUUUUCUUGAGAAAUGUGUAUAGUGAGUUUAGUUUUUGGGUUGCUUUGAUUCUACUUCUGUCUUUUCACAAUUUGCUUCCCUCUGAGUGAUUGGGAACAUCUGAAUUCUCAUCUCAAUUACAUAGAUUUUCAUGACUCUUCAUUGAAAAGUGAUGUUCUCAGUACCUGGAACUGAGCUUUCUCUGGGCUGUGUACUAUUUUCUCUUCUCCCGUUACAUAUUUCAUUAGGAAGACACUGAGCUGAAGAAUUUCUUCCUAUUAAAUGUUGACUAUAUUUUGGGGUGUACCUUUUGUCCCCCUGGUGCAUUUAGCUAGCCGGAAGCAUAAUUUAUUGAUUUGAUUCCAAAGACCUUUUCUCUCCUACAUGUGUCCCCACUGCCCCACCUCCCUAACCUAUGAUUUGGGAAGAGUUUCUGAUGAUUCUUGCCACUUCUCUAAACCAUUUCCAGAAUUCAAAUGCCCACAGGGCAGGCAACAUAAAUAAAUGAAGUGGGCUGGACAUAAGGAAAAAGGAAAGCACGAGCCCAGUGAUAAAUGGUAGUUGGCAGUCCCCUCAAUGGAGGGGACUGGGCA